GUGCGCUCGGUGUCAUUCCCCGAGAGGGUCCCAAACACUGUCAGUGAGGAGCCGGGCGGAGAGGAGCGGCGGCAGGUAUCUGCAAAGAAACAAUGGCGACAGAAUCUCCACGCCGACCGAGUAGAUGUACUGGAGGAAUGGUAGUUCGCCCACAAGCUGUCACGGAGCAGUCAUAUAUGGAAAGCGUUGUGACGUUUCUUCAAGAUGUUGUGCCACAGGCCUACAGUGGUACCCUACCAGCAGAAGAAAAGGAAAAAAUCAUUUGGGUCAGAUUUGAAAAUGCAGAUUUAAACGAUACAACAAGGAAUAUGGAGUUUCAUGAAAUACAUAGCACUGGGAAUGAGCCACCGUUACUGCUCAUGAUCGGAUACAGUGAUGGAAUGCAAGUCUGGAGCAUACCUAUCAGUGGUGAAGCUCAGGAGCUCUUUUCUGUACGCCAUGGUCCAGUUAGAGCUGCACGAAUCUUACCAGCUCCACAAAUCAGUGCUCAGAAAUGUGAUAACUUUUCUGAGAAGAGGCCUCUUCUUGGUGUGUGCAAAAGCAUUGGAUCUUCUGGCACAAGUCCACCUUACUGUUGUGUAGAUCUAUACUCUUUGCGAACAGGAGAAAUGGUCAAAUCCAUACAGUUCAAAACUCCUAUUUAUGAUCUGCAUUGCAAUAAAAGGAUACUCGUUGUAGUCUUGCAAGAGAAAAUUGCUGCCUUUGACAGCUGUACCUUCACCAAAAAAUUCUUCGUUACAAGCUGCUAUCCUUGUCCAGGGCCAAACAUGAAUCCUAUUGCUCUUGGAAGCCGUUGGCUUGCUUAUGCAGAAAAUAAGCUGAUCCGAUGCCAUCAGUCCCGUGGUGGAGCCUGUGGAGACAACAUUCAGUCUUACACUGCCACAGUCAUAAGUGCUGCCAAAACGAUAAAGACUGGACUUACAAUGGUUGGGAAAGUAGUUACGCAGCUGACAGGGACGCUGCCUUCAGGAGCAACUGAAGAAGAAAUUUUAGCUCAUACCAACAUUCGUCGAAGUCCUCUGGUGCCAGGAAUCAUCACUAUUAUUGAUACAGAGACAGUUGGAGAAGGGCAGGUACUUGUUAGCGAGGAUUCUGAUAGUGAUGGUAUUGUGGCCCACUUCCCUGCACAUGAAAAACCUAUUUGCUGCAUGGCUUUUAACCCUAGUGGGAUGUUGCUGGUCACUACUGACACAUUAGGCCAUGAUUUCCAUGUUUUUCAAAUACUGACACAUCCUUGGUCAUCAUCACAAAGUGCCGUCCAUCAUUUGUAUACACUUCACAGGGGAGAGACUGAAGCCAAAGUACAAGAUAUCUCCUUCAGCCAUGACUGUCGUUGGGUUGUGGUCAGCACGCUUCGUGGCACUUCCCAUGUUUUUCCCAUCAAUCCCUAUGGUGGACAGCCUUGUGUCCGAACACACAUGUCACCCCGAGUGGUAAAUCGCAUGAGCCGAUUCCAAAAGAGUGCAGGUUUGGAAGAGAUUGAGCAAGAACUGACUUCUAAACAAGGAGGUCGCUGUAGCCCUGUUCCAGGCCUGUCAAGCAGCCCAUCUGGCUCACCGCUCCAUGGUAAAUUGAACAGCCAAGACACUUACAAUAACUUCACAAACAAUAAUCCUGGGAACCCUCGACUCUUGCCUCUUCCAAGUCUGACUGUGGUGUUGCCUCUUGCUCAAAUCAAACAGCCAAUGACAUUAGGGACCAUCACCAAACGCACAGGACCUUACCUGUUUGGAGCAGGAUGUUUUUCUAUAAAAGCUCCAUGCAAAACCAAACCAGCUCCACAAAUUUCACCCAGUAAAUCUGUGGGAGGAGAGUUUUGUGUUGCUGCAGUCUUUGGAUCAUCAAGAUCCUGGUUUGCAAACAACCCUGGUCUGAAAAGAGAAAAAGAUCAAUCAAAACAGUUUGUAGUGGAAUCGUUGUAUAUUAUCAGUUGUUAUGGUAGCCUGGUGGAACACGUGUUGGAACCACGUCCACUCAGCACUGCUCCGAAGAUUAGUGAUGACACACCCUUGGAAAUGGUGACAUGCCCAAGAGCCAGCUGGACUUUGGUUAGAACUCCUCAGUGGAAUGAGCUACAACCACCAUUUAAUGCAAACCACCCAUUGCUCCUGGCUGCAGAUGCAGUACAGUACUACCAGUAUCUUCUUGCUGGCUUGGUCCCACCAGGGAGUCCUGGACCUAUCACUCGACAUGAAUCAUAUGACAGUUUAGCAUCUGACCACAGCGGUCAAGAGGAUGAAGAGUGGCUUUCCCAGGUUGAAAUAGUGACUCACACUGGGCCUCAUAGACGCCUAUGGAUGGGCCCACAGUUCCAGUUCAAAACAAUUCAUCCAUCUGGCCAAACAACCGUCAUUUCAUCAAGUUCUUCAGUGCUGCAGUCACAUGGUCCAAGUGACACACCGCAGCCUCUUCUGGACUUCGAUACAGAUGAUCUUGAUCUAAACAGUCUCAGGAUUCAGCCGGUUCGCUCUGAACCUGUUAGCAUGCCAGGAUCAUCACGUCCCAUUUCUGAUCGCAGAGGAGUUUCAACAGUGAUUGAUGCUACCUCAGGUGCCUUUGACCGGAGCGUGACCUUGCUGGAGGUGUGUGGGAGCUGGCCCGAGAACUUCGGUCUCCGCCACAUGUCUUCCAUGGAGCACACUGAAGAGGGCCUUCGAGAACGCCUGGCUGAUGCGAUGUGUGAAUCUCCCAGCAGGGACAUAGUGGGAUCAGGAACAGACACAGCCGGUGACGUAGCAGUAAAAAACACCACCACAAAGAGGCACAUGGCUUUGAAAUGUUUUGAGCUUCAGCGAGAGGGAAGCAUAGAGACGCUAAGUAACAGCUCGGGUUCCACCAGCGGAAGUAUUCCACGCAAUUUUGACGGUUACAGAUCACCCCUCCCGACUAACGAAAACCAGCCUCUCAGCCUUUUCCCCACAGGAUUCCCUUAAAUUAGUCAGAUAUACAAGGAGAGAUCAAGACAGGGUAACAAACUGUCUCUCCACCUAAACAGUCUCAGUAUGUGUCUCACCCACCAGGUAGCUGCUGUGCUGGAUGGUUCUUGUUACCCUGAUAAAUAUUGAUGACUCUUCCACGUAAACCUUCCUGAAACAUAGUCACAAAAUCUUGACUUUAUUUUCCUGUGCAAUAUGAAGAGACUCCAUCUUCGAUCCUGAUAGCUCUGUGGCUUCUUUUUUUGCUGUGUUCAGGAAGAGAUGUUAGAGGAGAACUAUUUCUAAGCCAUUUUUGGUUAAGCACAUGGUUUCACAACCAUUAUCUGCUUUUCAUGUUAAAAGAUAAAGGGAAUCUCCGUACCUUAGUGGUGCGAGUGCCAGCCCGGAACUCUAGCCGUUUGUAAAAGUGCCGAGCAUUAAAGAAUGAACUGGAGAGAGCAGAAACUCAAGGACUUUCUGUGGACAGGGUUGAUAAGGUUAUUCCUUCAUGGCUGCGUCUCCCUGCUGCCCUCCUUCCCCGCUGAUAUUCAUCAAUGCCAGGAGUAUUACAAAUGGAAACGUUUCUUUUUGUUCUUCUGAAGAAUUAUCUCUAUUGCUCCAGUUUUAUUCUAGUUCUGUAUUUUAGAAAUAUACUUAAUCGACUAACUGCAGUCACCAAUUUCUCAUAUUUGGUUAUAAAAGUUGUUCACUGGAACGCUGAUAUCUGUCCAGAAAUGCAUGUGUCAUUGAAUAAAUCUAAGUUAAACAAGAAACUGCUUAAAUGUCAAUGUUCAUGGAGUGUUACUAGGCUUAAUGUGUGCUUCAUAUAUCUUCCUGUACCAAAGACUAUGUGCAUAUUUACUAACUUGAAGGCUUUAAUUAAAGCCAUCAGUGGAUGUUA